AUGACUUCUCCCGACUCAAAACCAGUCAUUGUUAUCAUACCUGGUGCUUGGCAUGUCCCAGCCCAUUAUGCACACCUUGCACUAAAGCUCAACUCCAGUGGCUACACUGUAGACUGCCUCGAAAUGUCCUCUACCAACGAUGAGAAAGACUUGCCUGAAGAUACAUGGAAAGAGGACAUCGCGAUCAUCCGCAAUGCUAUUACUUCACACACCGACGCUGGCAGAGAUGUAGCAAUUGUGAUGCACUCGUUUGGCGGCAUGAUGGGUUCGGAAGCAGCUUGCGGCUUGGGAAAGAAGGAGACCGAGACAUCUGGCUCUGUCAUCAAACUUAUUUACAUGACUUCAUUCAUGUUANAAGAGGGCCAACGCCGCUCAGACUUCCCGGAUUGGCCAAACAUUGCUCGCGUCGACGAUGAACAGAACCCCAAGGCUCUUAUACCCCUAGAGCCGAUGCACUUCUUCUACCACGACGUGCCAGAACAAAUGAGCCAGCGUGCAAUCGACAAUCUAGGCGGAUGCCCGCUCCCUCAUGUGAUGAAUUCCCCUUCGAAAGUCGCUUGGCGGGAAAUACCAACUGCUUAUAUCGUCUGCGAAGACGACAGAGCACUCACAAAAGCCGGUCAAGAGCUGAUGAUCAAUGCUGUCAAGGCCGAGGGCGUGGACGUCAAAACGACUUAUCUGAAGGCUAGUCACAGUCCGUUCUUGAGCAUGCCUGCCGAAACUGCAAAAGCAAUCCGUGGCUUCCUGGAGAAGGCUUGA